CAUGUAAUGGAUUCGUUGGAAUGCAGCACCGUUCCUGCAGUUCAUGUCAGCAAUGGCUUGACUCGCCCAACAAACCUCCGACAGGUCUCAAUUUGACCUACCUGGAUGCUACCCUGCUAUCAGACCUCUCCAAUCACACUUCCACUUCUCCCCGGCAGCAUGCAGCUCUCCCCUCAUAGUCACACACAUUCACGAUGUGGGCCUGGAGAUCGAUUCUCGAUCCCUUUCUGCGUACUGGCAAAAUGUAGACACAUAAAGGGGGCCAGGCACCCCUUGACCUCCGCACGAGUAGACAGGGUUCUGUGAAGCAGCUUCGUUCUUAUCCUUCGAUACGGAAUUGAUAAAAUAUAAGAUCAAUUGCCGAUAAUUUAACAUCAUGCGUGGAUACGGCUUGAUAUCGUUACUAUUGCCUCUGGCGACCGCCUCGCUCAGUGGUAGACAGCUGCCCAAGGAUCCUACGGGUGUCAAAACCCUGACGACGCCUAAUAAUGUCACCAUUCGCUACAAGGAGCCAGGGAAGGAGGGCGUCUGCGAGACAACACCCGGUGUCAAAUCGUACUCUGGUUAUGUUGACCUCUCGCCAACCUCGCAUACCUUCUUUUGGUUUUUCGAGGCCCGACACGACCCGGCUAAUGCCCCUAUCACGCUGUGGUUGAACGGUGGCCCGGGCAGUGACUCUUUGAUUGGACUUUUUGAAGAAUUGGGCCCUUGCCGCAUUAAUUCUAGCUAUAAAUCUUAUGUCAACCCUCAUUCGUGGAAUGAAGUUUCCAAUAUGCUUUUCCUGUCCCAGCCGUUGGGUGUUGGCUUUUCCUACAGUGACACACAGGAGGGUUCUUUGAAUCCCAUUACAGGAGUUCCCGAGGAUGCAUCAUUUGGAGGAGUCCAGGGCCGCUACGCUACUAUCAAUGCUACCUUGACUGAUACCACUGAUCUCGCUGCGAAAGCCGCUUGGGAGGUGCUACAGGGCUUCCUUGGUGGUCUUCCGCAGUUGGACUCCAAGAUCAAGUCAAAGAGCUUCAAUCUAUGGACGGAGAGUUAUGGAGGGCACUAUGGACCUGCAUUUUUCAAUCACUUCCACGAGCAAAAUGAAAAAAUUGUGAAUGGUUCUGUAGAUGGCAUUGCCCUCGACUUCAACUCUUUGGGUAUCAUCAAUGGCAUCAUCGACGAAGCUAUCCAGGCCCCCCACUAUCCAGAAUUUGCGGUCAAGAACACCUACGGCAUCAAAUCUAUCAACGAUACUGUCUACAACUACAUGAAAUUCGCCAAUGCGAUGCCCAAUGGAUGCCAGGAUCAAAUCGCCCUGUGCAAGCAAACAAACAGAACGUCGCUGUCUGACUAUGCAAUUUGCACAGAGGCUACCAACAUGUGCAGGGACAAUGUUGAGGGCCCAUACUACGAAUUCAGUGGACGUGGGGUGUACGACAUCAGACACCCGUACCAGGACCCCACACCCCCCGAGUACUUCCUCAAAUACAUCCAAAAAGACUCGGUGAUGAACGCCAUUGGCGUCAAUAUCAACUACACCGAAUCCAACAACGAAGUCUACUACGCCUUCCAGCAAACCGGCGACUUCGUUUGGCCCAACUUCAUCGAUGACCUCGAGGAAAUCCUCAAGCUUCCCGUCCGCGUCUCCCUCAUCUACGGCGAUGCAGACUACAUCUGCAACUGGUUCGGUGGCGAAGCCAUCUCCCUCGCCGUGAACUACACCCACAGUCGCCAGUUCCGCUCCGCCGGUUACGCACCCAUGACUGUCAACGGGGUCGAGUACGGCGAGACCCGUGAGUAUGGUAACUUCUCCUUCACCCGUGUCUACGGGGCUGGGCACGAGGUUCCAUUUUACCAGCCCGUGGCAGCUUUGCAGCUGUUCAACAGGACUUUGGGUGGAUGGGAUAUUGCUGAAGGUACCACUCAGAUUUGGCCUGGAUAUGCCACAAAUGGUACUGCCAAGGCGACUCAUACUCAGUCGUCGGUGCCAUUGCCUUCUGCGACCAAAAGCGCUAUUGCCAGGCCGUAUUGA